AUCGUGGGUGUAAUUAUUUGUUAAAUAAAGUAAUCCAAUUAACUUGCAUGUAGGUUGACUUGGACCAAGAAAAAAGGCUAGCAAAAAAAAAGAACACCAACUCUUAAUUUGCCUCUUCGUCCACUACUAUAAGCCUAUAUAAAUAUGUGAAGCAUUCCUAUUUGUUAUAACACAACAACUCGAAAUAUAAAAGUCUCUUAUUCUUGAUCAUGGCCAUUCUAGUAUUCAAAUAUUCGAUUGUUCUCCUUCUUAUAGGAGUGAGCAAUGCUCAACUAUCUUCCAAUUUCUAUGCUUCAACAUGCCCUAAUCUCCUCUCGAUUAUUCGAACGGCCGUAAACUCUGCAGUUCAGAGCGACUCUCGCAUGGGGGCUUCAUUGCUUCGUCUCCAUUUCCACGACUGCUUCGUCGCAGGGUGCGAUGCAUCGGUGUUACUGGACGACACCGCGAAUUUCACCGGGGAGAAGACCGCCGGUCCAAACAACAACUCGUUGAGAGGAUUCGAGGUGAUCGACAACAUCAAGACUCAAGUGGAGGCCGCCUGCCCGGGAAUCGUGUCGUGCGCCGAUAUCCUGACCGUAGCUGCCCGUGAUGGCGUUGUAGCUCUGAGUGGGCCGAGUUGGGCUAUAGCACUUGGCAGAAGGGAUUCAACCACCGCAAGUUUGAGCAAUGCAAAUGCCCAAAUUCCCGGCCCAGGCCUUAACCUCAACGCCCUCAUCACUGCUUUCUCUAACAAAGGCUUCAAUGCUAGGGAAAUGGUUGCCCUCUCAGGGUCGCACACAAUAGGUCAGGCAAGGUGCACGACGUUCCGGAACAGGAUCUACAACGAGGCCAACAUAAAUGCGACGUUCGCAGCCACGACGAGGGGCAAUUGCCCGAGGAGCGGCGGCGACAACACGUUGUCGCCGUUGGACGUGGCCAGCCCAACGACAUUCAACAACGACUACUAUCAGAACCUGAUUGGGCAGAGGGGGUUGCUCCACUCCGAUCAACAACUCUUCAACAACGGAUCCACCGACGCUCAAGUCAGAGCCUACACCACCAAUUCCGCCUCCUUCUUCAACGACUUUGCCGCCGCCAUGGUGAAGAUGUCCAACCUCAGCCCGCUUACCGGCGCCAACGGACAAAUCAGGAGGAACUGCAGAAGGACCAACUAGUUAAAUAUUUCAUUUUGUGUUAUUUCUUAUAUGACAUGAUUUUGUUGUUUGAGGGUUUUUGUCUUGUUCAAGUGUUGUUAUAAGAUUGCUUGUUUUUUUUUUUUUUUUCCUAAUUUAAAAAGAUGAUCAAUAAUGACUCUUUUAUUUUCCUUCGUGAUUA